AUGACCACCUCCAAAACCAUUACCAAACUCAAAAUUCAUUACCGAUCUCUUUACAGCAAUCCUAAUAUGAGAAAUCAAGAACCACAAGAAGUAACUUCUCUCCGUUUCAAUUACAUCAAUACUGCCAAAAUCCCUUCAGAGUUAACCUUUGCUGAAUUGAAGCAAGAAUUGAAAAAGGAAUUGGCCACUAGAUUGGGAAGACCAAAUGCUGAUUUUGUUUCCUACUUGACUGGUCAUGAUGAAGUUGAAAUUGAUCCAACAUGUGAUCAAAUGGUAUUGAGCCAAGUUUUACAAUCAAACUCUUUGAAUGAGCGAUUGGAUGACAUCAUUAUGGUUUAUGAACCCAAAUUGUUGUCACGCAAGCUGUUGCCCAUUUUGGACAUUAGUGAACCAUUGGCAUUGUUUGAGAAGGUUGACACUGGAGACAACACCAAGAGAUCCAUUCAGGUUGGUUUGCAACAAUUUGGAAAGCUCUAUUUGAGAGUGUUGAAUGGAGGUUCUGUUUCAAGACUUGUCUUGUAUUCUCCUUCACAAUUGACUGGUAUUUUCACACAAUUGAAGAAACAGUUGAAUUCUGACAACAAUGCUGAACACGUUUCUCAUCCCAUUCUUACUCAUACCUCUCUUGAUGAAUACUAUGCCUCCUAUGAUUGCAAAGUUGCCUCUUCCAAGACCUUCUCCGAAUUGGAUUGGUCCGUCGAUGCUAAAUUUGUCUUGACGAGAAAGAAUGAUGCAAAUUCGAUGAACAUCUUGUUAAACAUUAAGGUUUCGAAUGAAGAAACACCUUCUCUUCUUCUCGUUCCAUUGAAAUGGACAGAAUACAGAGUACUAAGAAAGGGAGCACCAGUAGAAUUGGCAAAUAUGGAUGCCAUUUCUACUGCCUUUGUUGAAGUUGAACCUCCAAAGGAUGCUGUUUCUCUUCCAUACAAACUUCGUCAAUCCUCCAAAUAUUCCUCAGAUUCCAUUGCUCACACCUAUGAAGCAUUGCAAGAUGAAAAGGGAGAAAAUGGAGCUGCCACUAAUAAUGACAACAAACCCUUCUUCCAAGCUACCUUUGAUCAUCCUCAUACGGUUUGUGCUUGUGUUGUGAAACCAUUGCUUCAAAGUGGAUGGGGAGCUGAAUAUUUGACUGGAGCUUAUUUAAUGUAUUCACAAGAUGAAAUGGAAUGGAAGACUGCAUUGCAAUUGAAUGGUAUCACUGACAAUGCUACAACUUUUGUGGUUCCAAACAUUAGUGCUCCUUAUUGGAGAAUUCGAAAGGAUGGACAAGGAUAUUUGGGUAUUGGUCAUUGGAAAUUAAUGGGAGUUCCAAGUGAAGAACCAAUUCCAGAGAUUCCUGCAGGUAAACCAUUUGAAUAUUAUCAAACCUUAUUGAGUAAUAGUGUGAAAAACUCAAAAGAAGGUGGAGAAUUGAAUACUGGAGUUCCAAGAGUGAACUGUCAAAAGUAUCAAGAUUGUGGAGAGUCUAGUUUCAAUUUAUUGGUUGCUGAAGAUGAUCAAAAUGCUUUGAAUAGCCUUGUUGAGGCCACUCAAGACACAUGGGAACGUGAUGGAAAGUUUAACAAUUAUUUCAAAUUCCCAUUGACUGUUUUGAAUAAGGGAAGUGAUUUGUUGUCAUUUGUUAAAAUUGAAAUGGCCUAUAAGAAUGGAAGUGGUGAAUGGGUUCCAAUGCAAAACGUCAAAUUGGGAGUUAGAUAUCCAAGAUGGUCCGGUGGUUUUGAUUAUAACUUCUUUGAUAGUCCAGUUGUGAACUUUAAGGCAGGUGCUGCUGACACUCUUGUCUUUCAUGGUUCGAUCCAAGUGACAGGAAAACCAGGAAUUGAUUUCAACGCAAGAAAUAGAGCUCAUCAUUCUCUUCCUCAGCCAUUAGUGAUUAGAACUACUGUUUAUGAUUCUGACAACAAGACGAGAGAAAUCUUUGUUGAACAAAGCAACAAAACACUCUAUUUGACUGAUGUUAAGGAAUUUGCAACCAGCAAUUCUCUUGAUGUGUCCAAGGUUCGAUUUGUUUCUUGUGACGACGUUGAGACAAUGGAUAGAACUUAUGUUGCUGUUUAUUUGCAUGAGAAGGAUCGUGUGAUGUAUGUCAGAUCAUCUGGAACCAGUUAUGGCUACUCUUAUGACGAUUUGCAAUCGUAUGUGAAUGAUGCUAAGAAGAAUUCAAAGGAAGAAGUCGAGUUGACUGAUAUUGGAAAUGAAACACGUCAUGUUUAUUUGCGAUUUGAUCCUGCUACUGAUUAUAAAUUGUAUGGUGCCAGGGUAGUCAUGAAAUCAGACACUUCUAAGGUUGAAGAAGGAUUGUUGAUUAAGGACUUGAUUGAUGAAUUGGCUAAAUUGUAA